AUGCUGUCCUCUGAUGGAGUUCGCGACCCUCUGGCGCCGCCCCAGGGGCCCAGGCCACCUCGGCGCGCAGCCGAAGUUCUAGCGGCUGUCGCUGCGUCGUCCCUCACGCCUUCGGAGACGCGGGCCGCGACAUUGGUACAUCUGGCCAGCUGUUGCGGAGGAAUUUGGGGGUCGUCCCCUCAAGGGACCAAUGCUACGAGCCCCAAUUACCCCGCGGGCGGGGAUCGUCUUGCUGCUGGCCAUGAAUGGGGCGUUGGAGAAUCAGCCUUUGGUCACAGAUGGCCAAAAGGCAUCUCGGCCGUGACGGUCCGACGUGGGAGAAUUGGGAAAGGACUCGUUUCCCAGCGGACGGGUCAGGCAGAGCAGACCUUGUCCAGCGGCCUCGUGCCCGUAUAUAAGAAGAAACUGUCCUGCAUUCUUCCGCCACCGGGAGCUUCUGUUUUCUUGGAAUCGAUAUCUCGCCCUCCCUCGGCCCCCUCUUGA